AUGACACCAACUUGGCUAGUUUGCCCUGCAUGGCGCGUUAAGGAUGACAGCUACGAUUACUUUCAGUUCAUUCAAGAAGUUUCAGCUAAAUUCAACCUGCCAAAUGAACCUGAUGUGAACCUGCAGGACUCCUCAGGAGUUGAUGUAGAUGCUGACAUUUUUGAUGAGUUAGUGAGAUCUGCUGCAGUAUCUUUCAAGGUGUCUAAUGAGGACUCUGCUGAGAAAGAGGUCUCUGAGGCCUCCUUCUGCUCAGAUGAGGGGUCAUUCUCACCCAUUGAGUCUGUGAGGUCAUUCUCAUCAGUUGAGUCUGUGAGUUCAGGCUCCACUGUAAUUACAGAAUGCACCAAAGCACGGAAAAGGCAACUGGUAGAAGGACCACCUGACAGUAAGGCAGCAAAAGAUAUGGUCUAUGUAGCUCUACAUCAAAAAACCGGGGGUGAAGACAUAUUCAAAGAGUACAAUGUGACCAAAGGCCUUUCUGAUCAAACAAGAAGGAAACUCGUCAACAUCCUGGUGGCAGAUAUGAUCGAGAGUCAUGGGAGGGUCCCACCAAUCAAUGUCCGCGUGACCUAUGCCCUUGGAAUAGUCACCCUUUUCCCCAAUUUGAAGGACACAGCUUCACCAACUGGUUAUGAACAUUACUACGAUCCUCACAGUGGCCAAGGUUACCUGGCUUACAGAUUGAAAACGGUUCAGCGCAAUACCACAAGUGACUUCAAGAGGACCUCCAAGUCUGCUAAACAACAUGGCCCUAAGACCCUCGCUUGGAUUAUCACUGUCUGCAAAGGCCUUCGCCCUGGUACACAUGUGGAUGACCUUCUGUCUGCUCAAGAAGAAUCAAAUGAUUAUGGUUGGGACAGUGACUUGGCAGCUAUCCUCCUGCUCGUUCAUCUCUUGCCUCCAACCGCAAAAGGACAAAGACAUGGGAAAAUCAGUGCCACUGAAGCUACUGACCAUGUGGUCAAGUUCAUGAAGGUGGGGACAAGCAUGGUGACAUUCCUUGAAAGAGUUGGAUCAGCACAGCCCUUCCUCCUCUGUGUUGGACAAAAGAAGAGUAGUAUCCAGAAGUUUUACAUCAUCCUCGAUCAGAAGGCCAUUCCCUGCGUGGCACAGACAGCUGUGGCUGCCUUGACGAACUGUUUAAGGCCCACCGUCUUUGCUGUAUCCUACGAUGAGGCCUUGUGCAACUUCUACACCUUCAUUCAGACUACAGUGUAUGGGAUUGACGUCGGCACUACAAAAGAGAGUCCCGGGUCAAGGAAACCGGGCAAAAGUAUAUCAUAUUGA